AUGUUUGUUUGUUCAUUCGCAUUAUCUCUCGGAUUAUCUCGACGUUAUAUUCGCAGUAGUUUGGAAACUUGAUUUGACAAAAGGAAAUAAAGGAAAUCAGUUGCCACGUCUGUACUACAUACACGCAUAUUAGUCUAAUAAAUGCUAUUAUCUGGACGGUGUUGGAAUAUUAGCAUAUCAUUAGAAAAACGCAAGAUCUUAAGUGUGACUGAUCAAGAUUCAGCGGAAAAGCAAAUACGCAUAAGCAAAUAUGGCAUUUAAUAAGCAAGUGCUCAAGGAAAAUCGAAUGUGGUCUGAAGGAAUGAAACAUGCGAAUUAUACUGACAAUGAGAUUGUCCCGAAAAAGGAGCAGACAGUAUCUUUACCAUUUUUACCUUCGUAUACCAAGAGCCAUUCUCAAACACGAUUUGAAGUGACUACGUCUGACUAUACAUGGGAAAUUGAUCAAUUUGGGCGUCUCGCUGCAAUCGUAGAUACAUUAAAUUCUCCACCAUUUGGAGAAAACAACCGAUACAAGAUUCAAAUGAAUAUUUCACGUCAAGAUUUGCUAUGUGCAAUACGAAUUUCAAUACGUACUAAUACAGCAUUUAGCGGUUUAUGUACUACUACUAUAAUGCAUCCGCCUGAAACAGUCUUAGCGUCAAGAUCGAUUUCGUGUCAUAUAUCGGAUAUGACAUUGUUAAUUGAUGUCUCGGAUGAUUCGUACAUUUCUACAGAGGCGUUUAUAAUACAUUGCAAGAUUGAACAUUUUCAUCAACUGAUAAGUAACACUAUUCACAUGAAUUUACAAUUCGAACCACCCCCAACGGUAUUUAAAGAGAUAAAACUUUCUGAAAACUCAAUUUUUGAUUUCCAGUUAUUUAAUGAGAAAUCAAUCAAAUUUAUAAUAGGUGAAGAACAGUAUGUUGUAUCAAAAAAAUUGUUGUGCGACACCAACAGUAGUUAUUUUAAGUAUAUGUGCCAUACACAUAAGGAAAAAGAAAAAGAUAUGACAAAUGAAUUAGUAACGGAUAAUGAGAUAGAAUCUUUUAAACAGGUUUUAUUAUAUAUUACAACUGAUUCCAUUGAUCAGAGUAAUUAUGGGAUGCUUAAAAAAUUAUUAACAGCAGCUGAUAAAUAUGAUGUACCAACUUUAAAAUUAACGUGUCAACAUUAUUUGUUACGCAGUCUUACGAUUGAAAAUGCCGUAGAACUUAUGCAGCUUGCGUUGUCAUCUAAUGCAAAAUAUUUAGAAACACAUUCGGCAACUUUUAUUAAAUUAUACAUGAAAAAAAUUAGGGACACUAUAGCAUUUAAAAGUCUAUCGCAAGAAGAUUUAAAUAAGAUAAUGGAAUUGAUUGAGAAAAGUAAAUUUGAAGUCAUCAGCACUGAUCAAUUAUCUUUGUCACCACCUAAUUUGUCACUAGUGAGUUUGCCACCACCUAAGAGAUCUAUAUUCUAAAUCUAUUAUAAUUAUUAACUUUUAUAUGUAUAAGAAUUUAUAUACAAA